UCGUUCUGGAGCUCGGCCAAGUCGGCGCUGACGAAGGGCAAGGAAACCAUCAGCCGUAUAUCAAAGAUCAAUCAAACCGCAGACAUCGUGGACGGGAUCUCGUCCAUCGGUCUCAACCAGGUGCAUGUGUUUCCGGAGCCACUCCGCCAACGUGUGUCGACGUUGCUUAAAGAGCGCACUCAAGUGCAGUUGGAGAAGCUCAAGGAAACGAUCACGCUCGGAACGUCCAAGUCACGGUUCCCAUGGGACAGCCACAAUGAACAGAUUGGAUGGGAGAUGGACAAGAAGUCCAAGAUCCCUGAGUUCCUCUACGGACCACAGGAAACCAUGGCCUACAUGGCGUUUGAAAUGGACGGCGUGUUUUCGGCAGUUCAUCACGUGUUGCGCCAAAUGACAAAUGUUGACGGCGAAGCGGCGCCAUUUCGGCCCAAGUCCAUGCUCGACUUUGGCGCUGGACCUGGCACGGCGUCGUGGGUCGCCAAGGAAUUCUUUGACGAGUCGCUGAAUGAGUACCGUCUCGUGGAGCCGAGUCAAUCGAUGAUGGACGCCGCGGCGGUGGUCAUGGAAGGUUUCCGCGGCCUGAGUUUUCGCAAGUCGCUAAGUGAGAUGAAGCGCGAGAUUGUCAAGGGCAAGCAGUACGACUUGAUCGUUGUCAGCUUUGUGCUGAGCGACAUCACCAAUGACUUUGAACGCAUUGCGGUCAUGUCCACACUAUGGAGUUUGCUUGCAGAAAAUGGACGGUUGGUCAUCGUCGACAGAGGCAAUUCGUGGGGGUCUUUGCAAGUGCGUUCAGCGCGUCAGUUUAUCUUGGACUCGUUGACGGCGAAUGCAGAGGAGAUGGUUGAGUCAAACGAUGCGACCCCCCGCAUCGAAGGCGGCAAGGUCCUUGGCCCGUGCCCCCACCAAAAAGAAUGUCCGAUGCAAGAAGGCGAGUGGUGUCACUUUGUUCAGCGGACGCCGCGCGUGAUUCAGCCGCGCCUCCCCACGACGCAACGAUGGGCGGGCUACGCAAGUAUGAAAUUUUCGUACGUGACGUUGGAGAAGAAGGCGGGCCACAACUCAGAGAAGGACGCAGCCACGCGUACGGAACUUCCCCACGCGCGAUUGACGCGCGGGCCGAUCUUGAGCAAUCGUCACGUCACUUUGGACCUGUGCCAUCCAGAGGGCACUAUGGAGCGCCGAUCAGUGACCAAGGGACGAGCCGAACGCGAUGUGUACCGAGCAGCUCGGAAGGCGCAUUGGGGGUCCCAGUGGCCUGCAACAAAGGAGAGCUACGAACUGCCCAAGGUCGUGCAUCCCCCCAAGCGCCGAAAGAAGAUGUCGGCAAAGAAAUUGGCAGCACGUGCGGGCAAACUUGUCGCAGACGUUUAACACUACAAUAGAAUUUUUGUACAAGCAUGGCAUGC